AUCAUUCCAUCCAUCCUAGGGAUGCUCGCGGGAAUGGCAUCAUUAUCGUUCCACCAGGUUUUGUUUGUUUGUUUGUUUGUGUACGCGUGUACCCGCGUUUUUUUUUUGCCUUCUUCGUCUCUCUCUCUUUGCCUCCGUUCCUUGACCCGGUCAAUGUCUGCCCUCAGGAUCAACCUAGAGAAAGCUCAUAAAUGCAAUUCAAACCUUCUUGGUCGUACAAAGGAUCAGAGCUCAAACAUCUAGGGCUCAUUUCUUCAAUGGAGAAUGCAAGAUGAAUAACAAUCUCUUACUGGCUUUUUUCUUAUAUUGUAUAUUACUUCUCUGUUUCUCACAACCCAUAGCUUUUCUAUCUCUGCGUCCGCUUCUUUAAAUCAGGCUCUCAUAGGCGUUCUCUUCCUUGGCCGCAUUCAUCUCUUGCAUCACAAUCCGGUCAUGGUCCGAGGUCACCAAGCUUGAUGUGUCAUCAAAGUCAAAAUCGCCCUACACAGCAUGUCCAAAUAAAACGGUUAACACUUGUGACAACAGUGAACGAAUCCGCGCUCGUCCACCUUGAAAAAUCACUAGCACUUACCCUAACGGAUCCGGUCCCGGUG